AUGUCCAUAUCGCGCCAACGCCCCGGAUCAGCCUGCGAGGAAUGUCGCCGUCGCAAAGUCCGUUGCGAUCGACGACGUCCGCAGUGUCAGGUUUGUUUCGAGACGGGGAUUGAAUGUAAGAUCAAUGCGACGAGAUUACCUCGAGGGCCGCGAAAGGGACAGCUGCGGACGUUGCGGACGAGAAUAGCCGCCCUCGAACGCUGCCUGGCCGAUCGCCAAAUGCCCUUUGACGAAGAAGUCUUGCCCCGGGGGAUCGUGUCUGAUUUGAUGCGAGCUGACCUAGACCAACUAUACUUCGACCGCGUUCACCCCUUCGCUCCCAUCCUCCACCGAUGGCGAUACCUCAUAUGGGCGAAAUCACCUCCCACAGAGGCCCAGUCUGGUCUACAAUCCGCUAUGUGGACGCUCGCUGCGGCGCUGUCCGCUCAGUUCCAGUCCCUACGCGAUGCUCUAUACGCCGAGACGCGACAGAUGCUAGACGCAUUGGAUCUGCAGCCGCAGACGGCGGUGCUGGAACAGGCUCAGGCGUGGGUGCUCGUCUGUCUGUAUGAGUAUAUGUAUCUGUCGCCGCAGCAGGCAUGGAUGAGUGCUGGACGAUGUGGAAGGUUGGUUCUGGCGAUGCGUUUGUACGAGCUGGAUGAUCCUUCUCAUUCGUUGGAAGUGGAUUGGACGGGGAAGGAGGAGCAGAGAAGGACAUUUUGGAUGGCGUAUACCCUGGAUCGGUUGAUUAGUUUUCAUAAUGGGCUGCCGUUUACCUUGCAUGAACAGUUGAUAAGCACGCGUCUCCCCUCCCCCGAGGAUGACUUCCAAGUCGGUCAACCGGUGGCAUCCCCGUUCCUGGGCGAGGUAAUAGGGCGAGGGGAUUCUCCUGGGUCAUUUGGCGAGUGCAUCCUUCUCGCAACUCUCUGCGGACGAGCACUUUCCCAUCGCCAGAAAGUUACCGACGAACCAAUACAUGAACUGCACGGCGAAGACACUUGGACGCGCCAUCAAUGGCUGCACGAGAUGCUGCGGCAUCGCAUCCAGGCGUUGGCGAGCUGUACACCAGUGGACUCGAUGCUAGUUUUUGCACGACUAGUGGCGCAGACAAUGGUCUUGUAUCUGCACAACGUGCUAGAAUCAACAACCUGGAAAACAAGCGAGCACCUGCUAGGAAUGAUCGAGUACGAACGACUGUGUAUCCUGGCGGCGCACGAGGUAGUCCAUCUAGUGCAGAUACAGGGACAGCUUGGAUAUUUCAAGGUUCAUCCACUCACUCCAAUCCCCCUGACGAUGUGUACCGAGUUCUUCACGGCCCAUGGAUAUCUGGACUGUGCGUUUGACGGCAUGUUACGCGAGCUGGUGGAGUGUCUGCAGGAUCUGGAACGAGUCCGACAUGUACUGGCUGAACUGCCUGUUUACUAUCAUCUUGCAGCACAGUCCCUUCCCCAGUUAAACGACAUCCCUGGAUAUCAGCAGUUGGUCCAGCUGCACGAGCGGUUCCGCAGUGGAGAUCUCGCUGAGCAGACGUUUCCCCCACCGUAUAUCCAGCUGGCGCCGCUGUUGAUGUUGACGCAUUUCACGCAGUAUGCGCAGUACAAAAGGUGGACGAAGACCGAGCCAGUUGAAAAUGUUGGGUUCUGUAUUGGAUUGUUGAGUGCUGUUGUCGCCUCGCUUGACGAGGAGUAUGUCGCCGUUGCGGUGCGACUGGCGAUGAUUUUGGGGGCGUUGGGAGACGCGCAGCAGAUGAACGAGGAGUAUACCUCGUUAGCAACGUCCACCAUCACGGUAUACUACGAUAUCAACCGCAUCACAAUCACUACUCCGCGUCGCCAUCUGUCUCCCCUUCAGAACGCCCUGGAAUCCGUCGGAUGCACCUGCACACCUGUCGACUUCAAUGGACGAUACCACUGGCCGGGACAUCGUGAUACAGUUCAGACCCUGAUAUCCCUCUGCGACGCCGUCGCUGCGCUACAACUACCCGACGCAUCGCACCUAAUCCAACCCACGCGGACAAACAAGGGAGAUAUAGUACAGACAUCCGGACCUCUGCAUCAUCUCGUCAUACAGUCGAUCCUGGCUGAGCCCUGCCACUGGUAUGAUACGUUCUCGGCCGUGCAUACCACCCAUCUGUGCACAGGAAAAGUCAUCGAGUUCGGACCUGAACGCUGCGUCCCACCAAGUUUUUUUCGAACACUGCGCAAUCGAAUAAUCCACUUCGCAGAUCUCAACCUGGACGCGUUAUCCCGUCUCUCCCCCCUUCAUUCCACUCCCCGUGUAUACGACGACGACAUCGCAAUAGUCGGCAUGUCCUGUCGAGUGGCAGGAGCGGACUCGCUCGAAGAAUUCUGGCACCUCCUCUGCAGCGGCCAAUCUCAACACAAACCCCUUCCUCACGAGAGAUAUAUCAAUUUCGAAACCCCCUGGCGUCCCGAUGCGGUGCAGAAAAAGUGGUACGGAAAUUUCAUCCGCGACAUCGACGCAUUCGACCAUCGAUUUUUCAAAAAGGUCCCGCGCGAAGCGAUGUCGCUUGAUCCGCAGCAACGAUUAAUUCUGCAAGUUGCAUAUCAAGCCCUCGAACAAUCGGGAUACUUCCAGAGUGCAGAGCUAGAGCCAGAGAAGAAAGUAGGCUGCUACAUUGCCUCCUGCACGGUGGACUACGAAAAUAACGUGAACUGUCAUCCUGCUUCUGCGUACGCAGCGACAGGGCUCCUGAGGAGUUUCAUGGCUGGAAAAUUGAGUCACUACUUCGGAUGGAGGGGACCUGCGUUCUGUAUUGAUAGUGCAUGUAGUGGAUCGGCGGUGGCGUUGCAUCAUGCCUGUCAGGCUGUGAUACGAGGUGAGUGCCGAAUGGCGUUGGUGGGAGGUGCGAAUGCGAUUAUGAGUCCCCUAGCGUAUGAUAAUCUGGCGGGGGCGUCGUUUGUCAGUCCGACGGGGCCGUGUAAGCCGUUCGAUGAGACGGCAGAUGGUUAUUGUCGUGGGGAGGGGUUCGCUGCGAUUGUUAUCAAGAGGAUGAGAGAUGCUAUGGCGGCUGGGGAUGUGGUUCUGGGGACGAUUGCCGCGACGGCCGUCGAGCAGAACGAUAACUGUACGCCGAUUGUGGUGCCGGAUGCGACGUCGCUGGCGGGCUUGUUUGAUAAAGUGAUGCGCAAGGCGAGGCUAAGUCCCAGGGAUAUCUCUGUCGUUGAGGCUCAUGGAACCGGUACACAGGCAGGUGAUCCAGCGGAAUACAGCAGUGUGAAACAGACAUUAGGCAGCGCGCACAGAAAGGAGAAGUCGCUGGCCCUCGGAUCUGUCAAGGGACUGGUCGGUCAUACAGAGGGCGUAUCCGGAUUGAUUGCGCUCGUCAAGGUGGUGUUGAUGAUCAAUAAAGGCUGGAUUCCACCACAGCCGAACUUUCACUCGCUGAAUCCGCUCAUCCAGGCGGACGAGGGAAUUGAAAUCGUGACUGCGUUGAAGCCUUGGACGGUCCCUUACCGAGCAGCUCUGAUAAAUAAUUACGGUGCUUCGGGGUCUAAUGCAUCUAUGGUUCUGACACAAGCACCGCUGGCAGAAGAAAACGGCAAGGAUAUCAAAGGUAUGGACACAGCUAUCCAGCCUGUCCGAUUCUGCGCGCUAGACGAGCAUCGCAUUCGGGACUACGCUGGACGACUCGUCGAGUAUAUUCACUCGAACGAGAUCUCCCUAGGCCAGGUGGCAUUCCAUCUCUCGCGACAGUCGAAUCCAAUGCUUGAUCGACAUGCAGUAUUCGCAUGUCUCACGCUGAACGAACUAGAAAACCGAUUGACAACUAUAAUCUCCGGUGACGAGACGUGUCUAGUACGGAAGAAGCCUGCCCGGCCGGUGAUUCUCUGUUUUGGAGGCCAGAUAUCCACAUCUAUCGGAUUAGACCGGUCUAUUUACGACAUACCUCUGUACCGACGACAUCUCGACGAGUGCGAUGCUAUCGUUCAGUCUCUCGGAUAUGAUAGUCUCUACCCGGGGAUAUUCCAACAUACAACUGCAGACCCCGUGCAGUUGCAGACGCAACUAUUCUCACUGCAGUAUGCAUGCGCAAGAUCAUGGAUGGACUCCGGACUGCCUGUGACAGCAGUGGUAGGUCACAGUUUCGGCGAAUUAACUGCGCUAUGCAUAUCAGGGGCGCUGAGUCUAAGCGAAGCCAUGAGAAUGGUAGCACAUCGUGCGGUCCUGAUCAGAGGUAAAUGGGACGACGAUCCCGGGGGAAUGCUGGCGGUCGAGGGAAGUGAAGAAGAAAUCAACCGGAUUAUUCAGGAUGAAGAUGUCUCCAUAGCCUGUUACAACGCAGCACGAAGUUUCACACUCGCGGGUCCAUCACUAGCAAUUGACCGAGUACAGCAGCGUUUAUCCGGACAUCGGGUCAAGCGAUUGAACGUAACCCACGCAUUUCACUGUCGUCUGGUCGACGGUCUGCUUCCAUCCUUAGCAGAGCUAUCCUCGGGAUUAGCCCUGCAGCAACCGAGUAUCCAUCUCGAAUGCGCGACGCAGCAUUCCUCGAGCAUGACGAAUACCUUCGUGGCGGACCAUCUACGAGGUCCAGUAUACUUCCACCAGGCAGUGCAACGUCUCAGUCAGAGAUACGGAGACUGCGUAUGGCUCGAAGCAGGAUCCAAUUCCAGCGUGGCAGUUAUGGCCAGUAAAGCUGUCGAUACAGCUACAGGACACUACUUCGAAAGCGUCAACAUCACUCAUUCCCAGGCCAUGAAUUCCCUAGCAGAUACAACUAUCCGACUAUGGAAAGAAGGCAUCUCCGUCCGAUACUGGGGCCAUCAUCCACAAACAGUACGCUAUCCACCAUUAUUCCUCCCACCAUAUCAGUUCGAGAAAUCACGACACUGGAUGGAGAAUAAAAAACUUCCUUCUGUCCCUAUCCCUCAAGAACAAGAGGAAGUAUACGCCUUCCUGGGAUAUCAAGACGAGGUAGCGAAAUUCCGCAUCAACACGUCUCAUCCUAGAUACCUAGGUCCAAUAAGCGGACAUUUUGCAGCCGACACAGCACCGCUAGCUCCAGCGUCAGUUCUACUAGACUUGGUCAUCGAAGCACUACAUAGUCUCCCAGAGGGAACGGGGAAAAUACCGGUAGUUGAAGACGUGACCAGCGAGACGCCAUUAUGUCUGGAUCCAUCGCGCGAAGUCUGGAUAGAACUACACCCAGACAAGCAGAAAGAAACAUGGACGAUUCACUACCUCAGCGAGGACCUGGCAAAAGGUAUCAAAACCCGUCUACUGCACUGCUCCGCCAGAAUAACACUCCACACCCCCAAUGAUGCAAUCUAUGUCGCACAAUUCGCCCGUUACAAACGCCUCAUCUCCCACCGCACCUGUGCAGCCCUCCUCUACAACACAGAGGUAGAUGACAUCCUCCAAGGCAGAAACAUCUACCGUGCUUUCUCAGAAAUAAUCAACUAUUCUACCCCUUACCGAGGCGUCCAUCGACUGGUCGGGAAAGACAGCCAAUCUGCCGGUCGUGUCUGCAAGAAAUACAACCCCGAUACAUGGGCCGAUGCAUACCUUGUUGACGCAUUCAGUCAGGUUGGCGGAUUCUGGGUGAACUGCAUGACCGAUCGUGAUCCGGAGGAGAUAUAUAUUGCUAGUGGGAUGGAGAUGUGGAUGCGGUGUCCUGCGUAUGCGGAUAAACAUGUGGAUAGGCCGGAGACGUGGGAUGUAUUGGGGUUUCAUAGAAGGGAUGAGGGUGGGUAUACGAGUGAUGUGUUUGUGUUUGAGCCCCAGGGGGACCUAGUGGAGGUGUUUCUGGGGUUGAGGUAUUCGAGGAUUCGGAAGAGGAGCUUUAUUAAAAUUCUACAGAGUUUUUCUUCGAAGACGUAUACGCCGGAUGGACAGAGGAAGACAGAGAGAGAAAACAAGGAGACGGGGGAGAAAGGGAGUGUGGAAGAGAAGGUAGAGGAGAAACCAAAAAAAGAUAUCAAAAAACAAGUCAAGGCUGUCGUCGCCGAGUUCUGCGCCAUGAAUCCUGAGGAUAUCCAUGACGAUGGAAACAUGGCUGACGCUGGAGUCGACUCGCUCAUGGCCAUGGAACUGGCACGCGAAAUGGAGGACGCUUUCCAGUGCAGUCUUCCGGCAACAGAUCUCAUGGAGGCAGAGACAUUCCGGGAUUUGGUGCAGUGUGUGCAGUCUGCCCUGGGUAUUGACCAUCUUGAUACUCAGUCUAGCUCCAGAAAUAUAUUAACCCCCGAGUACAGUGAUACGGAUCUCCACCUCUCAAUGACCAUUGUAUUAGAAUCAUUCGGCGAGACCAAAGCCCUAACAGACCAAUUCCUCGCAGAGAAUCAAUGCAGCGGACGCGUGCACGCCUUUGCACCACUUCAGCUCCAACUCUGCGUGACCCUAACCCUCGAAGCCUUUGAAGAACUGGGAGACGCCAUCCGCAGCGCCCCCUCCGGCCAGCGUCUCACCCGCAUCCCAUUCGAUCCUCAACAUCGCGAGCUCGUCGAAUACCUCUACAAACGUCUCGAAGAGGCACGAAUCAUCGACAUCAACAACGACCAGCUCAUCCGCACAGCCAUCACAUCUCCUACCCGCUCCAGCAGCGCCAUCCUCGAGGAAAUAUCCCGCACAUACCCUGAAUACGCCGGCGCCAGCAAGCUCUCCUUCUACACAGGCCGCCAUCUAGCCCAGGUACUUCGCGGCGAGCAAGACGGCCUACAAUUAAUCUUCGGCACAAAAGAAGGCCAGGACCUGGUAUCCUGGAUGUACGGCAACGAACCGCACAAUGUAAGCGGAUACAAACAGAUGCUCGAUUUCAUCCAACGGGUGGUUCAAACAAAACGUAGCGAUACCGGCCCACUAAAGAUCCUAGAAAUGGGCGCUGGCACCGGCGGAGGCACGAAGUGGUUUCUGCCCGGUCUAGCAAACCUCGACAUCCCCGUUGAAUACACCUUCACUGAUAUAUCCCCUGGAUUCGUCGCGCAGGCCCGUCGCAGAUUCAAAGAGUACCCAUUUAUGCGAUACCGGGUACAUGAUAUCGAGCAGCCACCGGGGGAGGAUCUACUCGGGACGCAACACAUCGUGAUAGCGAGUAAUGCGGUACAUGCAACGUCGAAUCUGCAGACGUCGACGAGAUAUAUUCGCCAGACAUUGCGAGAGGACGGGGUGUUGUUGAUGCUGGAGAUGACGAGGCCUGUUUUCGCAGUGGAUAUUGUGUUUGGUUUGUUUCGGGGGUGGUGGGUGUUUAAUGAUGGACGACAUCAUGCUAUUACGAAUGAAUCACGCUGGGAGGCGGAUCUGCAUGCUGCGGGAUAUGGUCAUGUCGACUGGACGGAUGGGCAUUCGCCUGAGGUGAGUGUGCAGAGGGUCAUUUUUGCUACUGCGUCAGGGGAGCAGUGUUCUCGUUUGCCGGUGGGAAAGAAGAUUAGCUCCCCGAGUGGAGUUAAUAAUGAGGAACGGGGGAGAGUAGUAGAGGAGUAUGUGCGACGUAAUAUCAAGGGAUUUGCCCCGCCAACUGCAGGGCAUGUAUCUAGCGAUGGAUACACAGUGCUGGUUACUGGGGGCACAGGAAGUCUCGGAAGUCAUCUCGUGGCGCGGUUGAUGGCACAUCCCUCCGUGCAGACUGUCAUCUGCGUGAAUCGCAAGAAGGGUGAUGCAUUGGAACGUCAGAAAAAAGCCCUCGAGGAGCGAGGCCUCCAGACGGAACUAUCGAAACUGCGGGUUCUAGAAACCAACACGGCCGAUGCCCACCUGGGACUUUCUGCGCCAGAAUUCGAGCGCCUCAAACACACCGUAACGCACAUCGUGCACAACGCCUGGCCCAUGAACGGUGCCAAAGGAGUCUCCUCAUUUGAGGGACAGUUCCAGACCAUGCGAAAUCUAGUGAAUUUAGCGCGAGAAGCAGCCUUCGUGCAUCGCGAGAUCGGAUUCCAGUUCAUCUCAUCCAUCGGCACGGUGGGACGUCAUCCUUUAUUGUCUGAUACACCAGAUGUCCCAGAAGAAAAGGUUAGCAUUGACUCCGUGUUAUCAAACGGAUACAGCGAAGCCAAAUUCAUCUGCGAGAGGAUCCUCGACGAAACACUACAUCUAUAUCCGGAUAGAUUCAAGACCAUGACCAUCCGACCUGGACAGAUCGCCGGGUCCAGCGUCACUGGAUACUGGAACCCCACUGAACAUCUCCCCGCGUUGAUCAAGUCCGCGCAGACGCUGAAGCUUCUCCCUGAUUUGCAGGGCCUGCUGUCCUGGACUCCGGUGGACGAGGUGGCCAACGUCCUGGUUGAUCUGCUUUUCACGACGGAGCCUUAUCCCGUGUAUCAUAUUGACAAUCCAGUCCGUCAGUCGUGGUCGGAUAUGGUGUCUCUCCUGACAGAGGAGUUGAAUAUUCCAGCUGGGAAUAUCGUCCCCUUUCCGGAAUGGAUCCACCGAGUCAAAGCCUUCCUGGGUGGAUAUGAAGAUAACCCAGCCCGCGUGAUGGCCGACUGGUUGGAUGAUAACUUUGAGCGUAUGUCCUGCGGAGGAGUUCUUCUGGACACAUCCCGGGCACGAGAACAAUCGUGUUUGGCGUCGGUGGACGCAGUCAGUCCGGACGUAACGAGGAGAUAUCUAUCGUGGUGGAGAGAGAGAGGAUUCCUCACUCCAUAA